CGGUGCAUGACAUCAUGCCAAAGCCCAACGGAUUUGUGCAUGCGGUGCUUGAGGCAUACAAUAACCAUCGUGCGCUCAUCCACCGCCCGGACGAUGUCUGGACCACGAUCCUCAUGCAAUUCAGCUUCUUCGUGAGUGCAAAUGCUGAGCAACUCAGUGCGCACUUUGCAGCCCACGAUGGUCGGGAGCAACUCAUAGGCCUGAUGCGCCGUGCCACCUAAGCUCUAUCAGCUCUCCCGACUCUCUCAGGUCUUCCAGCUCUCUCAGGUCUCCCAGUUCUCCUGACGGGCCUGACAAGCGCAGAGAGCUUGACUCCAACGGUCCUAGCACUGAACCGGAGUUGCUAAACAAGCACACGGUGCUGGACUCCAACGGCCCUAGCAAACCUGAGUUGCCAAACAGGCGCACGGUGCUUGACUCCAACGGCCC